ACAAAAGCACCACGGUUCCCACGAACCACCCGUUAGGGUUUAAUCCACGCAAUUGGACAGACUCUUCAUUUUUCUGAUAAUAAUUCAACCAUCAAGGAGCGAUCGCAGAACUGGACUGAGCAGCAAAGCAAGCGAGCAGCGGAAAAGAUGAGCGUUAUGAAGUUCUGCGGUGAAUGCAACAAUGUGCUGUAUCCGAAGGAAAACAGGGAAGAAAGUAUCCUCCUUUUCGCCUGCCGCAACUGCAGCUAUCAGGAAGUUGCUGAGGAUUCCUGUGUCUACAAAAUGGAAAUAAAUCAUUCUGUUGGUGAAAGGUCUCGAUUGCUACAAGAUGCAGCCUCUGAUCCGGCUCUACCUCGUACAAGGAAUGUUAGAUGCUCCAACUGUAAUCACCCAGAGGCUGUCUUCUUCCAGGCACCUUCGAAGGGAGAGGAGGGCUUGACUCUGUUCUUCAUCUGCUGCAAUCCAAGUUGUGGGCAUAGAUGGAGAGACUGAUGGGGCAAACCUGCUACUGAAACCUGGAGCUGAAUUGAAGCCUAUUUUUUUUUUUAAAAAGCAAUUCUGUGUCGAAAAGCUAUGCACCUCCUGGAUUUCCAUCUGAACAUAUAUUUACUUCAAUGGAGUCUCUCCGUAUCCUGAGUUUAGCGAACACAACUAUCUUUGUAUCUGUAAAUCAAAAGUGGGUUUACGCAUCCAGUUUCAUCGGUGAA